AUGGAAGACGACGAGGGAAUGAUCGAGUAUCAAGUGAAUGAUAUUAUUGAUGUGGAACGGAGAAUUGCCAAUCUUUCCCGUUCGGACAACAUCCGCAACCAUUCUGCUAUAAAUAACUUAAUGAGUUAUCGAGAUUUCAAAAAACGAUAUCCAGAGAUACGAUGGAACUUGUUCUUCAAUGAUGAUCUUCGGGCAAAUUUGGGUCCCCUUGAGGACGAUAUGAUGAUCAAUGUGGUUGAUAUAGGAUACUUUGAUGGACUUUCAGCUCUUAUCAAGUCAAAACCUCUCAGUUCUAUAAACAAUUAUAUGAUGUGGCGUCUCGUAUCCACUUUCGACAUGUACCUUCCACAUCAAUACCGUGUUCCUGCCCAGAAAUUCCAAGCGAGUAUGUUCGGAGCAACUGCAGAAGCAGAAGAAAUGAUUAUGGAUUUGAAAAGGUCUAUGGAGCGUCUCCUGCAAGAAGCAGAUUGGAUGGAUGACACUACCAGAUUGGCGGCAUUGAAAAAACUUGAGAGGAUGGGACAUAAAAUUGGAUUUCCGGACACGUUGCUCAAUGAGUCAGCCGUUCUCGCGCCAUACGAAGGAGUGCAAAUGAGUAGCAAUCGUUAUUUUGACAAUGCGUUGCAAUUGAAAAGAGCAGCAGUCCGGUUGGUCUUGCUUAGAAAACCUAAAGAAUAG